UGAACUUUUGCAGUAGACUUUGCAGGUUGUGGACACGUUCGUGAGUAGCUUUGGGAAAAUGGCAGAGGUGAUAUCAACUAAUCAAGAUCUUUUUAUGUGUUCCAUUUGCUUGGAUCUACUGAAGGAUCCAGUGACUCUCAGCUGUGGACACAAUUACUGUUCGGGCUGCAUUAACGGCUGUUGGGAUCAGGAAGAUCAGAAGGGAGUCUACAGCUGUCCCCAGUGUAGAAAGACUUUCACUACGAGACCAGUUCUGAACAAAAACAAUGUUAUUGCCGAACUUGUGGAAGAAAUUAGAAAGACGAAGCCUACAAUUCAGUGUGAUGGUACCGAUGCUGACCAUGGAGAUGUGGAGUGUGAUAUCUGCUCCGAGGGAAAACUGAAGGCGGUGAAGUCAUGUCUGGAUUGUUUAUUAUCAUACUGUGAAACUCACUUCAAAGUUCAUAAUCAGCUACACCCGGGUAGAAAUCACUCGAUAAUCGGCGCCACAGGUCAUCUACAGGAAAGGAUUUGCUCCCUUCACAAGAAAGCUCUUGACAUAUUUUGUCGUACUGAUCAGAGUUGCAUCUGUUAUUUUUGCCUGAUGGAGGAACAUAAAUGUCAUGACACCGUCUCAGCUGCAACGGAAUGGAGUAAUAAAAAGGAAGGAUUGGGUGUGAUCCAGUCGAGAUGCCAGCAGACAAUCCAGAAGAGAGAGAAGGAGGUUCAGGAGCUGAGGAGAGCAGUUGACACUCUGAAGAGCUCAGCACAGUCUGCAGUGGAACACAGUGACCAGAUGUUUGAUGACAUCAUUCGCUCUGUUGAGAGAAGGCGCUCUGAGGUGACAGAGCUGAUCAGAGCUCAGGAGAAGGCUGAGGUGAGUCGAGCUGAAGAACUUCUGAAGGAACUUGAAGAGGAGAUCUCUGAGCUGAAGAAGAGAGUUGCUGAGAUGGAGCAGCUUUCACACGCAAAUGAUCACAUCCAUUUCCUCAAGAAUGCCGGCUCCAUCUCUGACAUUCCCUCCAGUUCACCUCAAACCAACAUGAUUCUCUGCUACUCCUGCAUCUCCUUGGAGCCGGUGAAAACAUCUGUCUCUGCACUGAAGACACAGCUGCAGGAGAAAUUGGAUUCCAUCUUCAAACAGGAAGCGGCUAAAAUAUCAGCAGCAGUGGCAAUGAUGGUAGUGGAACAGAGCAAAGAAUAUACUGAUCCUGAACUCCCAUUCAGAAGAACAGACAGUAAUGAACUCCUACCACCAUUCAUGUCUGGAGUGCAGACAGCUAUUGCUGAACCAGUGACCAGGGAGGACUUCUUACAGUAUUACUGUCACUUCACACUGGAUCCAAACACAGCAAACAGAAGUCUCCAUCUGUCUGAGGGGAACAGGAGGGUGGAGAGGAGAGAUGAGGCCCCCCAGUCAUAUCCAGAUCAUCCAGAGAGAUUUGAUGACAGGUGGAAGCAGGUGUUGUGUAGAGAGGGUGUGACUGGGCGUUGUUACUGGGAAGUUGAGUGGAGUGGUGAGGAGGUUAAUAUAGCUGUGGCAUAUAAAACCAUCAGCAGGAAAGGAAAUAAAAAUCCCUGCUGGUUUGGAAUGAAUGAUCAGUCAUGGAGACUAACUGUCUCCCACAAUCAGACAUAUGUCCGCCAUAUUGCUAUACACACUGAACUCCCUCUAGUGGCCAGCUCCAGAGUAGGAGUGUAUGUGGACCACAGGGCAGGGACUCUGGCCUUCUACAGCAUCUCUGACACCAUGAUGACACUCCUGCACAAAGUCCAGACCACAUUCUCUCACACACUCUACCCUGGGUUUGCAUUACAAGAUGGGUCAUCAGUGAAGCUCUUGUGACUCACAUGCAUGUAGCACAUCUGGACUCUGUGGAUCCAUGUGUGUUAUUAUAUGCGGAUGACAUGGCAACAUUUUGAUCAUGAUGUGUCAUGUUUUCUUGUAUUGACAACUUGGAUUUGCACUAUUUGCAAAUAUAUUGGAUGUUUACAUUUAAAUAGUCUGUAAUUGACAACU